AUCUUUCAAAGGCUGAGACAGAAGACUACGCGCACGACGGACCUGCUCAAAGGUCGGACAAGCCGAAAGGAGGAGAAUGCUGCAGCUCCUGAACAUCAGGGAGACGACGGACUAGCUGGAGAGCAGAAGAGUGGAAGCACAGAACAGAACGCUGCUGGGGCAUCGCGGCGGCAGCUGCGCGUGAAGAUUUUUGGAAAUAAAUCGCCAGCCAAGAAGGACAACUCUCCUGCUAAAACGGCGAAACUCGGGGUGAGUGUCUCGGAGUUCGGAAGUAAAAGGGAGGAAGAUCGAGCGCAGGAGGAUCGAAGGAAAUCUACAGGCUCAAAUUCUGGCACGGAUGAGGCGGCCGUUGAUGAGACGUUCUUUGGCGCGGACCCUGCUCAAAUCUCUGACGACGAAGAGGUCAUUGCAGUGCCGGCAGACGAUGCUGCAACACUCUUUGACGCAGCCUCUUCAGAGGAGGAAGAGCCGGAGGAUGACGGACCAGAAGACGACAUCCGCGAAAAGGAGAAUCCUAGUACUGUAAAGGGCACAGGAGGCACUAAAAUGGCUACCACAAGAGCCAUAGUAUCUUCCACUAUUCAGCAGGGCGGUCCGCUGGACUACUUAGCUGAGGGGACUUCAGGUGGUUCACAGUUGAAUGAAAGAGAAAAUCUUACUCUUGUACAGAGGGUGGAGACAUUGUCUGCGCAGUUGUUCAGCAACAAUGCUGACGGAGCAGAUUCGGAGGCGGCACCUCCGGAGGAAUCAUUUGCACGCGUUGACCUGGUGAGGCAUGCUAUUUGGGCACGCCAGGAGGAGUUCCUCCGGAAAAUCGCGUUCUUUGCAGGUGAGGCUCGCAGUUUCGAGGCUUAUUUUCUCUUCUCCGGCAGCGUCUUGCAGCAGAGGGCUACUGCUGCACUAGGAGAUGGAUCGCUGAAUGCGAGCAGCACGAUCGCAACG